AUGGCUCUCCUGGAAAUUGGUCUGGCCCUCCUGGCCAUCGGCUUUCUGAUCUACAAAUGGAGCACGGCCACCUUCAAAACAUUCGAGGGGCGUAAUCUGUACUUCGAAAAACCCUAUCCAUUUGUGGGAAAUAUGGGGGCAUCUGCCCUGCAGAAGGUCUCCUUCCAAAAGCAACUCACCGAGUUCUACAAUCGAACUCGUCAGCAUAAACUUGUGGGCUUCUUCAAUCUUCGUACUCCCAUGAUAACCCUGAACGAUCCGGAGCUGAUCAAGAAGGUCUGCGUCAAGGACUUUGACCACUUCCCCAACCACCAGCUCUUCAUUAGCUCCAACGAGCGCCUACUGAACGACAUGCUCAGCGUGAUGAGGGACCAGCGAUGGAAGCACAUGAGGAACACCCUUACUCCAGUCUUUACGGCGGCCAAGAUGCGCAACAUGUUCACCCUGAUGAACGAGAGUUUCGCGGAAUGCCUGCAGCAUUUGAAAACCUCCAAGGCAGCAGUAAAGAACGAAAAGGGUUUUGAGGUGGACAUGAAGGUGUUGUGCAACAAGCUCUCCAACGACAUUAUCGCUACAACGGCGUUCGGACUCAAAGUAAACUCAUACGACAACCCGGAAAAUGAGUUCUACGAGAUCGGACAGUCACUGGUGUUUUCCCGCGGACUUCAGUUUUUCAAGUUCAUGCUGGCCUCGUUGGUGCCGAAGCUCUUUAACUUUUUCAAAAUAACGAUCUUUGACUCCGGCAAAGUUGAGUACUUUGUUCGCCUCGUAGUGGAGGCCAUUAGGUACCGAGAGAAACACAACAUAACCCGUCCAGACAUGAUCCAACUGCUGAUGGAGGCCAAGAAGGAAUCGGAGGAUAACUGGACGGACGAUGAGAUCGUGGCCCAGUGCUUCAUUUUCUUUUUCGCCGCCUUUGAAAAUAACUCAAAUUUGAUCUGCACCACCACCUACGAACUGCUGCAGAAUCCCGAGAUCCAGGAGCGUUUGUACGAGGAGGUGAAGGAGACCCAAGAGGCUUUGAAUGGCGGAACCCUUAACUACGAUACCGUGCAGAAGAUGACUUACAUGGAUAUGGUUAUUUCUGAGUCCCUUCGCAAGUGGACUCUGGCCGCCGCAACCGAUCGUCAUUGCUCCAAGGAUUACACACUUACUGAUGAUGAUGGCACAAAGCUGUUCGACUUCAAAGUGGGAGAUCGCGUCAACAUUCCCAUCUCUGGGUUGCACUGGGAUGACCGGUACUUCCCUGAACCUAUGAAGUUUGAUCCGGAGCGCUUUAGCGAAGAGCGAAAGGGAGAGUUGGUGCCGUAUACGUAUUUACCUUUCGGCGUAGGACCCCGAAACUGCAUUGGAAAUCGAUAUGCAUUGAUGCAGGUCAAGGGAAUGCUGUACAACCUGCUGCUGAACUAUAAGAUCGAAGCUUCUCCUCGGACCACAAAGGAUCUGUGGGAGUCUGCUCGUGGCUUCAAUUUCACCCCUAGGUCUGGGUUCUGGAUGCACUUGGUGCCGCGAAAAUAAUCUAAUGCGGACGUUGAAAAGACUGCUCAGCUGUUUUAGAUUAAAAUGCUUACAUAUAUGUUUUUCUUAAAUGAAGUAACCACACCUGUUCAUAUUGCACCAUAAAAAGUUUAUAUAAUUAUUAAAUUUGUUUUAAUUCCAAUUAUAACAUAAAUCCGAAAUUAA